AUGAGUGUCAUUACAGCAACUUCACAACGAGCCCCGGUGACUUUCCGAGACUACGACCAAGACUACUCCGUUGCAAUCCAGGACGUCCCUCCCAGAAGAGGCUCGGCUGCGUCGGUGUCUUCAUAUACCAGUAACUAUAGCAGCAGCACAUUCAGCAGCACACCACCAACCGUCUACUCUCCGACCUCCCCCAAACCAGCUUCGUAUCGAGUCUUCAACAAACAAACCGCCGCCGCCGCACAGCAGCCGCCUCCCACUCCGACUAUUCCCACUUCCUUUUUAAACCUCCCCCGCCAACCGAAUGAACCUGCCAUUAAAUGCUUACCGCCAGCAGUGUACGAUUGUAUAUUGAGACAAUUGCAAGAUUUGCAUGAAGCCCCUGAGAAUUACCAGUAUGGCUGUACGACAUGUUUUCAACGAGAUUUACAUGCCUUGGCCCUCACAAGCCGGACUUGGGAGAGGAAUGUCAGGAGUAAACUAUAUAACUAUAUCCAUAUUCACGGUGCCGAUUCACCAGCCCAGUUGAAGAAAUAUCGACUCAAACGAGGCAGUCGGCUGAAACUGUUGAGGAGGACGUUACGAGAACGAAAGUUACUGGCGAAUCUUGUUCUUGAAUUGCGUAUCCCUGAAAUCGACGUCUCACCAACCGUCGCAAAUGGCAAGAUGAAUCCGCAAUGGGAGGACUAUCGUGACCUGGUCGCCUCCGUUGUCAUGGUCUGUCCGAAUCUGGAACGUCUGAUUGGGUUCAAUAUGUCUUUUCAUCACGAAUUCGAUCGUUUGACGUAUGCUUUGUCGACACGGAAACGCCUCAGGGAGCAUCAGUGGAUUCUGGGAGAGCCGGUUGAUAGCACAGCUUUGGUUGAAGAUAAGAAUUCCAGGAAUACAUCGUCUUCAUCACCGACAAAGACCUCGAGAACAGCAGGAAAAUCGCUCGAGCCUCAGCAAGCAUUUGAAUUCCUUCAUUAUCAUUCGUGUUGGAGCAAUUUGGAAACUCUGAUGCUUCAUUCACUCAAUAUGGGUGGUGUACUUGAACAUGGAAUUUUCUUGAGAGUGUUCAAUCGUCUUCCUGCACUUCGACACUUGUGUAUUUCUUCUUUUGAUACCGACGCUUUCACCGAUCGUACUUUGCAGUUUCUUCCACCACUCGAAUCAUUACGUCUGGAGAAUCUACGAGGUGUUACAGACGGAGGUAUAGCGCAAUAUGUGUCACGGCCAGAGGCCCGCACGAUUCGAUCAUUAACAUUGAUCGAGCAGAAUAUCGGUUCUCUAUUGGUGAUUUCCAAGAUUUUUGCUUCUCUGAGACUGCUGGAGAAGUUCAACUUGGUCCAGUCCACGCGAUUACCCACUCUUCCCUCUGAAGCCAUGGUCUUUCAACCAAUCCUUGCAUCAGCGAGCCUGAAACAAUUGCAUUGGGACGUGACCGGACCUGAUUCUGCAGCCGGACUCGGCAAGUCAUUAGACUCCCUACCAUUUGUGACUCCUCACAAACCAUAUGAUUCGCCAAAUUUCCAUUUAGCUCAAAGCAUUCUUUAUUCGGGGUUCCCGCAUCUGACAAAGCUCCGAGCUCCAUCGGAUAUUGAGCCUCCAGGAAUUCUUCAGUCAGUUUGCAGACCGGUCCCUCACGGACAGGCUUUGAUCCCAUCAGAUCGAUAUAGUCUACCGCGAAGUUCUCAUGGUUCAGUCAGGACACGACCCUUGGCGUUGCCCGCUGGGAAUAAUUUGACAUCAGCACGAAUUCGGGCUCAGACUUUCAUCGACAUGGCUGCCAAGGAUAGCGAGGCCGGUAUGAAGGUGCUUGUCACUGAUCACUCAGACUCGUAUGUCCCCGACAGCGCCAUGGAAGCGGAAUCAGAUGAAGACGAAGAUGAGGAGGAUGAAGCAAGCAAAGAUCUCUUUGGAGGCUCGUAUCCAGGAGCGCAAAAUCCAGCCCCCUCGUCUGAUGAACCCGACGAAUCGAAUCCCAAUGGACCGAAGAAAGUCUUUGAAUUCCGCAUGCCGGCAAUCAUGGGCAUUGUGCGGGCCGUAACGCCUCAUGAGAUAACCGGCCUUGGGUCAAUACCACGCUUCAAUCUCCAACCAGACGUCCGUGGCAUCGACUCGGACGGAGGUCUACUGGGAUGGAAACAUCUCUUAGGCCCCGUACAAAUGAGCAGUAGCAAUACAGCACAACAACAGCAAUCAUUCUCUUCCCUAUCUCAUACAUCAUCCUUCUCAUCAUCCUCCACAAACACAAAUCCAGAAUAUUUGAAACGAACCGAAAGCGACCUCAGCACAUCAGACUCGAUCAUAUCACCCACAACAACAACAUCGGCGGCAUCACGACUCGCGAGCUGGGGCGGCUUCGGCUCUCGCUCUAAUAACAACUCUUCCACAACAGCAACAUCAAUGAUAACAUCACCAACCAUCCCGGCCUAUCCCCCGACUCCGAUAUCAUACUCCUUCUCCCCGUCUGCCAACAACUCCCCUUGGGGAAGAGAUACAUGCAACGGGGCCUGGAAUUCCGGCCAUCCCAAGGAUUGGUGGAUGCAUUUCGAGCGCGAACGACAGAAUAAUGCGGAUGUUAUUGACGUGAAAAGAUUCUUCUAA